GAUCAGCUGUUCUGUUUGUUCAAAAUUGUGCGAAUUUUGUUUUGCCGGGUCGAUUUAAUGGCAUUUGCAAUUGCUGGUGGCCAAAAUGAUGCACUUGGAGAGGUAUGUGACGCGUAUAAAGCCUGCAAUCGAGGGCUUUAUAAACGACCCUAGGAAAGACACUCUGUCGCUGGUAGAAAAAGAAAUCGAGGGAUUCAACUUUGGGGAAAUGCGCAUAUACCAGGUUCAGACUGUGGUUCCCCUGGUGGUCAAGCUGAAUGAUCUAACCGGGGAGAGCCAGGAGUUGCGCACCGGACUGAUGAACUGCCUGAGGAACAUAGUCUCGCACACGUAUCUGUCUGAUGAGAAGGGGCUGCGCUCCAUACUGGUCGUGGUGCUGCAGCAGAUACGAGACUCCAAGGGCGCCGUCAUGCGGCCAAAUCUCUCUGAGGAAAUUAAGCUGGCCGCAGUGCUGUGCAUACACGAGGCACUUAGUCGAUGCACCACGGAUGUGCUCGAAGCAUUCUACACAAAGGAGACGGUGGUGGUCAUAGGCCAGAUAUUGCUUACACUCCUAGAGAUCAUUGAGCAUGAGAAAUAUCGGAAACUGGUUCAGUCGGCGCUGCAGUGCCUGAUGAUCCUCUUUUACGUCCACAACGAAUCGGAUCGUUGCGAUGUGGUGCUGCGCAGCCAGGUGGCAAAUACCAUCUUCAUAUUCCUUCCCAAGGUUCUGAUUGUGCUGUUUAAAACGUCUUUAAAGGAUGAAAAGGUCGGCGAGACCAUUAAAUCGAUGUCUAUUCAGGCCUUGGGCCGAAUCAUCUGCAUCAUGUUCGAAGAAACCACCGAUGAGUUCAAGAAACUGCGUUACGACGUGGAUGCCUUCCGAAAUCUGUUCAACAACGCCAAGGACGGUCAGGCGGAGGCAUGUGAGUACAACUAUUUCGGCAACAAGAGUUCCACGGCCGAGGAGAAAGAGGAACGCUUGCAUCAAAUGCAGAAGGACCGUCGCUCGCUCUCUUGGGUGAUGGCCACUUCGCGACGCAUUCGACCUAUUCUUGUGGAGACGAGCAUCCUGCGUGCCCACACGUCAGCCAGCGUGCGCAGCACCUAUGCUGAUAUGUGCUGCCUGCUCCUCAGAGACUGUGCCCACAAUCUGAAAAGCAACUUUAUACACAUAUUGGAGAGCGUGUUGGCCCUUUCCGAGGACGACGAUCUCAAGAUUUCCCAGCUGUGCAAGGACACCCUGCUUCGGCUGCAACAGCAGCCCAACAGCCAAAAUAUAUUCGAUGAGAAUGCAGAGCUACUGCUCGAUGCUCACCUCAACAAAUGGCCACGCAUCCUGCACCGCUGCGAAGACAACGAGCAAUUCGCCGAGCUGCUAUUCUUAAAGGGAUUCCUGCGCAACGUCAAUGCGGAAAAGCUGCAGCUGUUUUUCCUGGUUCCCAAGAACCUUGAAAUGUUCGUAACUUGUCUGCUGACGGCGCUCGAUCUGCGCACAACCCGCGAUCUUUUGAACGAGGAGUACUCGCUGCGCCGCAUCCAAGACGGAAAAUCCAAAGAGCUGGCUGCCGAAUUCGUAAAGUUGCCUUGGCGUCAGUUCAAGCAUGUGAGCUCAAAGCGCACUGUGGACAUUCUAUCGGAUAUUGCAGAGUUGCUGGGUGCUGAGCCGGCCAUAAAUCGGAUCAUCUUCGAUUACUGCCAGGAUCUAAUUCUCCAGAGAUCUUCGGCCAUGAAUGAGUCAAUUUUACUCUUAACAAUGAUGGUGUCGCCGCAGGCAAAAACGGCACGUGAGAGUCGCCUAGUACUGGCACAACUUUUGCUUGAGCAGCUCCUGCGCGACGAGCACUGGAGCUUGGCACUGCAGCCGGACGCGGCCUGGCGCCUCAAGGUCGACAAGCCCACGCAAUGGUUUGAGGAUCGCACACCUGGUCUCUACUCGUCGGCUCUCGAGGUGCGCACCCAAGACUGUGAUUCGGAUGACGAGCAGACUGAGGUGCAGAGUCGUGUGAGCAUUGCGGACGCCCAGUUUAAUGUGCUGCACACUUGUCUGAUUCUGGACGCGGUGGGACAUUGCGCAAGGUUCAUUGGCGACACCUUCGAUCGCCACAUAUUCUUGACUUUGCACCGAGUACUGCUGAAGUUAGCCAGCAGUAAUACCAUCGUCCACCAUGCAGCCACAUUUGCCUUUGUGUCCAUGCAGCUGGCACUAAAGUACGCAGAGCCCUCGCAUUUCAUCGAAUGCUCCACGGACUAUAUCACCUUUCAUUUAAAUGCCUUGCUCAAGAGGUCACCCGAGAGCACCGCCGCCGUGGACAUUCUCACCGUGGUCCUACAGUAUAGCAGCAGGGGCAAUGUGCCUCAUCUGGACAGCAUAUUUCAGACCAUACGCGAGGAGUGUUCCAAAUCCCAUCAGAUGGGGAAUGUUCAGUCUUAUCUGCGCGUCUUCAAUGCAUUCCUAAAGCAUGUCACCCACUGGCAUGGCGACACAACGGCCGAGAUCAAUGCCGAGCAGCUACCCAUGCAGGUGGAUGAGGAUCAGAGCGUCUUGAGCACUUGGCUUAAUGUGCUUGAAAAGCCGCAGCUUUUACAAGAUGAAAACGGGGACAUCAACAUGGAAGAGCCGGUGGCGGAAGACUUGCCGGAAUCCGAAACAGAACCGGAACCAAUGAAGCCCGUUCUUCCGCGACAUAUUGAAAUCAUAAAAGAUAUUCUAGGACAAGUCAUCAAGUUUGUCUCGACUGCUGAGCAGUCGCAACAGAUUGUCGCGCUUGAAUGUUUUGCCAGUGGUGUGCCCCUUCUGGCAGAUUAUGAGAAUGAACUGCUGCCGCUGGUGCAUCUGAUUUGGCGGCCGCUCGUGGAGAAGUUUCGCCAAAAGGACGCCUUGGUGCUGAACCGUUGCUUCACAUUGUUGCAUCUGCUUGGCGUCCAUGCCAAGGACUUUAUAGCGAAAAGAAGUCUCAGCGACGUUAUACCUCAACUGAAGCAGUUCCUCAAGGUGGCCAGUGUGCACAGCAGAAGUGAAAUCCCGCUGGCCCAAACUCAGGAGUACAAGCUGCAAUUGCUGUUGCUGCAGAGCUUGGGGGACCUUAUACUAGGCCUACAGCUGGAUGGGCGGCACUUGCACGAGCUGCUCUCCACUGUGGCGCUCUACCUGUCCCAGGCCCAGCCCCCAGAGCUCCAAAAAUUGGCGCGAGAGUUUUUCCUCCAGCUGGCUGGCUAUAAUGGACCCUUUGUGUAUGUAACGCUGCUCCAGCGGGCACAUCUCAAGGACAGCAAGACAAAUGUUAGCCAGAUAUUUGGUUCCAUGGGCUUUAGCAUAGCCAGCGGAGCAGAUUAGCGUUAAUAAAGAAGAGGACAGACAGGACAGGUUAAAUAUAAUUUCACAAUUGCUCUAUUCUGUAUUCUGUUCACUCGAUUAACAUUACAGGCUAGGCUUUAAUGCUAAGUGUCUUUUAAUGCAUUGUUUACGGAUACAUAUUUGAUACACAUUUAGUUAUGGUAAGAAUAUUCUUGGAUUAUUGAUUGAUUCUCUUCACAAGCGAAAAGUGGAGGAAAAUAUCGAAAUAAGAUUUGAUUGGGGUAUCUUUCUAACUUGAAUAUGUUUAUUAAAGUGACUUUUAUAAUAUAAACAAGGCAA